UUGACCAGUUCCCUCGCUUACCAGCUUUCCGAACUCCUGGGUCCCGAAGCAGUCCUGCCAACGGAAGGUUAUCUGGUCGACGGUGUUGUCCCGCAGGCCGUCGUCAGACCCCCCGACCGCGAGGGCGUGGCCCAGGUUCUCCGGUGGGCCGCCAAGGACGGGGUCUCCCUGUUCCUCCGGGGCGGCGGAGUUUUGGCGGGGCUAGGAAAUGUUCCUGCCAGUGUGGAUGUCGUGCUGGACCUCACUUGCCUGAACCGGGUGGUGGACUACCAACCGGCAGACCUGACCAUUACUGCCGAGGCGGGGAUAACCCUGGACAACCUGAGGCGGGAACUGGCACAGGGUGAAAAGUUUGUCCCCCUGGAAGCUCCGCUUUCUCACCGCGCCUCGGUUGGCGGAAUUCUGGCUACUGGUUUCAGCGGGCCAAUGCGCCAUUCCUACGGACUGCCCCGGGACUGGCUGAUCGGCAUCAGUGUAAUUGGCGGUGACGGCGUGGAAACCAAGGCCGGUGGACGGGUGGUCAAGAAUGUAACCGGUUAUGAUCUGAACAAGUUGUACUCCGGUUCACUGGGCACCCUGGGCGUCAUUGUGGAGGCAUCUUUCAAGAUUGCGCCCUUGCCCGAUACGCUGGCAGGGUUGGUUGCCUUCUUUUCUUCUAUGGAGGUUGCGGUUGCCGCCGCCCGUUCCCUUGUCUCACAGGUGUAUGCUCCCCAGGGAAUACAGGUAGCCAGUCGGGAAGUUGCCGGUAGGCUGGGGCUGGAUAUGCCAACUGGUUCGGAAGCAAUGGUGGUGGCUUUCCUGUCCGGCCGGCCCCGGGCUGUAGCGCGACGUGCAGAAGAGUCGACGCGGCUGCUCGCGGACUCGGGCGGUAUCGCCGUCGAUGAUUUGGACGAAACGGCAAGUGCCGGACUUCUGGGGGGCUUGACGGACCUGGCCUGGAAGGACACCGACUGUCCAACGCUGGCGUUGAGAGUGAGCCUGCCUCCGAGCAACGUGGGCAGGCUGCUGGAAUCGAUAAAGGAGCGGGAAAAAGGGGACCUGGCGGGACUUGCGAUUGUUGCCGACCCCGGGUUUGGCAUGGUGCAACUUCUCCAAUGGCCGGAUAGUCCCGCUGGCGGCCCGGAACCGGAGGCCAUAACAGCAUUGAUCGACAGUGUGCGAAGGUCUUCCCGAGAACUGGACGGCGCCGUGGUUGUAGAGGUUUGCCCGCAAGACGUCAAAAGCGGCGUAGAUGUUUGGGCGGGGAACGUCGAGGCGAACGAACUGGAAAUCAUGCGUCGCAUCAAACGCAACCUUGAUCCGGCCGGAAUUCUUAAUCCAGGCCGUUUCAUCGGGCGACUGUAA